AUGGACGGGGCUGUAGUGGAGCCCAACAUGGACGGGGCUGUAGUGGAGCCCAACAUGGACGGGGCUGUAGUGGAGCCCAACAUGGACGGGGCUGUAUUGGAGCCCAACAUGGACGGGGCUGUGGUGGAAUUCAAUUCUCUGUCUGUUGGACAUGGUCUUCUGUUGUCCCCAGCACAAGACUGUGAGGAGGUUGGAGAAGAGAGACCCUGGCCUCUACAGGGAGGAGAGAGACCCUGGCCUCUACAGGGAGGAGAGAGACCCUGCCCUCUACAGGGAGCAGAGAGACCCUGGCCUCUACAGGGAGGAGAGAGACCCUGCCCUCUGAAGACGGCCUCAGUAGAUUCCUCCUGGAGAAGCAGCCAGCUAUCACAUGUCAACUACUAUGGUGGUUACCUGGGUGGGGCCCAGCAGGUACGGACACUGAAACAAGGCAGCACAGACACAAAAAAGGACAACACAUCCUCGGACCCCAGCUUCUCCAGAUUGCAUCUCCCUCCCCUUUUUUCUGGCUCAGUGGUCAGUCUGGACCAGGACAGUAGUAGGAGGAAACCAAGGAGUCCAGGUGGGCUGGGGGGGAAGUUCCUGCCACUCAUACAUGAGGCGUAUGUCAGCUCUGAGGAUCCAGCCCAGACCCAUCCAGAGAGGUUGACCCAGACCUAUCCUGUCCUUCCAGCCCACACCAUCCUAGAGCCCCAAGCCCAUCCAGAGAGGAACCACCUGGAGAAGCCAGGGCCCAGGAGGCUGUUGCUGUCAGUGCUACUACCUCUUGGACAUACAGAAGAGGAGGGGGUGCAGGCUCCGUGUGCUGGUGUCCACUACAAGCCAUCAGAGGAGGAGAGAGGGGAGCCUCACUGUGGAGAGACGGGACACAAAAGAGAGAGCACUAGAAGAGGGGAAGGAGAAGGACGAGGAGGAGGGGGAGUAGGAGGGGGAGGAAGGGGUCUCCCUGAGAAAGGCUCUAAGCAGACCUGGCCUGAGCAGAACGGUCUCUCCCUACUACAGCCUGGGGAAGGUAUUCUGAUCACUAAGAUGAAAGGCUCUAAGCAGAUCUGGCCUGAGCAGAACGGUCUCUCUCUACUACAGCCUGGGGAAGGUAUUCACUGGGCUGAGGGGAUUAUACACAGGAAGCCAGUGUAG